AUGUCUUCGACAAAUCUCAUGGGUUCGAACAAGAGACGUGCGGGCUGCCAUUACGCAGGAAGUCCAUUGACCAGGCCGUACUCUGCUCCGAUGCCGAAUAUAAUGCUAUUGACACCGGCUGAAAGUGCCGAAAAGAAAAUUCUAGCGCCGACCAAGGCGAAAUCCCUACCUGCAGAACUCGAUGUAGCUGUGCAGGUCACUUGCAGUGUGGAUCUACAGGGUACCGCGGAUGCUGCGAUAAAGGACCUGCAGGUGGUGAUCACGAACGCGGCGGUUUCAUUGAACGACAUGGAUUUGGACUUGGCAAAGAGUCGUGCCAGCUGUUACGCCACAAGUCGACUGGAAAAGUCUAUUUUUCAGACAUCGUGUUGA